UGUCCCAUAAGGGAGAUUUCCCUUCACUUCCUGUCUCAUAGCCAAAACAGAAAGUGAGAGAAUUUCCCUCCAAAGUGAGGGAAUCCUACGGUGUCACCAGGAUCACCAGAACUAGUGUCCACAUUGAAGAUUUUCCCUUUAUUAGGCUCCAUGCACACUAGUGUUUUUUUCCUGCACCAGGGGCGGACUGACAACUCAUGGGGCCCCCGGGCAAUAGGGGAUCAUGGGGCCCCUGUCUCCUUGCCCAAACUCAAAAAAGCCUAUGAAAAGGGUACCAGGGGCAUCUCAUGGGGCCCCCUACUGACCCCGGGCCCUCGGGCAGUGCCCGAGUUUCCAAAUGGUCAGUCCACUCCUGCCCUGCACGCUCCCAGCACACAUGUC